GCAGUAUCGCUCCCUGCACCGGUCCUACAGGCGGCGCUCUCUCUGGCUGAGCUGCGCUCUAUGCCGGUGCAUCUUGCUGCAGGAGGGCGAGCAUGGCGCUGAACGCAGAUGAGGAAGACUUUGAAUGGGAGCCUCCCACUGAGGCAGAGAUGAAGGUGAUCCAGGCUCGCAGAGAGCGCCAGGACAAAAUCAGCAAGUUGAUGGGAGAUUACUUGCUUAAAGGUUACAAAAUGCUGGGGGAGUGCUGCGAGCUGUGCGGGACAAUUCUUCUCCAGGAUAAACAAAAGAAAAAUUACUGUGUUGCUUGUCAGGAGCUGGACUCGGAUGUUGACAAAGACAACCCAGCUUUGAAUGCUCAGGCAGCACUGUCACAGGUACGCGAGCGUCAACUAGCUUCCCAGCCCCACCCCCAGGCCAAUGGCGUUCUGCCCACCGACCUGCCGCUCUCAAUCACGGGUUUGCCCAGGCCAGAACAUUGUGAGGGUGCGGCGUCUGGACUCCGAGCUCCGAUCCCUCCUUUGCAGCCUGCCAUGUUGCCCAACACCUCUGGCAGUCCAGCCUUCGUCCCGCCGCCUGCCACUCAGCCGGCCACCUCUUCCCCCUCUGUCCUGCCACAGGCCCAUCCAGUUCUUGCACAUGCCGAAGAGGCUGUCCUGCACAAACUGCGCUGGGCCACGCAAGAGCUUCAGCAAGCUGUCUCAGUGGAAACCAGCAUCCAGCUGUGCAGUCUCAUCCGCACCUGUGCAGACUCACUACGCAGCCUCAGAGAACUGCAGCUAUCUUGAAAGUCAGAUAAAUACACACACACAGACGGAAAUGUGCACAGUGCGUCAUCACUCCAGGAGGUCUAUUUUUAGCCUAUUGGCUAAAUUACACGACCAUAGACUGCAGAUGGAGAUUACUGGUAAUAAUUAUACUAAAGAUAUGAAAUGAAUUUAAUAAGUAAGUAGGCAGGUCUUGGUUGGAAAAAAUACUGGAGUAUUUCCUCAAGCAAAAACAUUGUGACUUAAAGCAGAAACGCAAUCCGAACCCUGGUGUUGCUGAACGGAAACGUAGCAGCAACAGAUCUGUCUUCAGUUAUGCAAAUAAAGUUUUGCUAACACAUUUCA